GUGAUUAUCAUUUUCGAAAAUUCAAUGGAUUGGUACUUCGGGAGUGAUAUUAAAGAUCUUUGCAUACCAAAAGAUAAGGAGAUGUCUGACAGGCUUCCAUCCCCAUAUAUUUUGUCUCCUUGGGAGAAUGAAACAUUUGGAAGUUUUAACUCCCUUAAGAAACGCAAUAUUGCUGGAAUGAAAGAAAAUCUAUUAAGUGGAACCACUUCUUCCAGCGAAGAUGACCGGCUCUGUAGUUCAAGUGUUUGUAUAGGUUUGCGGGAUGAUUCUUUUCAACGGAAUGCUUAUCCUCAUGAACAAUUGGAUCUUCAACUCAGUGACUUUGCCAGAUAUUAUGAGGCUGAUGACAAUUUCUUGUACAAGCGUACCUUCUGGGCUUAAGAUAUUUGAUUUCAUGCAUGUGCAUCUAAUGCUUUAUUUAAAUUUCCACGUUUCAUGCUCAAGUUAAGCUGUUAUUUAGGAAAAGGAGACUCAGUGAUUUGUUGGUAGACAGAAAUUUUAAAGUUGGUUGGCUGAUCGGCGAUUGAUUGAAGCUCUGGCUCUUCUAUUGUUCUAUCAUAUCACUGAAACUGUAAAAGUCAUGUGAUUAGAAACCACACUGUUAUGCUUAUUCUAAGGGGUCAAUUACUUGAAGAGAAUGAGAGUGGAAUUCAUGCUGCUGCUGGUUCAAUUGAUUUUUCACGAACAUCCAGCAACGACAAUGUGAUACCAUCUAAUCUUUUAAGAGAUCUAGUUUCAGAGUCUAACACUGUUCAAGACCAUGUAGAAGAUAUAGGACACUUAAAGGAUCCCAAAAAGUACAUUUCUGUUUCACGAGACUGCAACAAUGGAGUGAACGAUGAUCCCUUGUCAGUGGCAAAGGCAAUGGAGGUUGACAUCCCCUUCUCAUUGGAGCACAACAGUUCAGAUAAACACAUCGCAGAGGAAGUAACAUCAAUGGAGGAAUCUGUAUAUCUGGAGCUUAGGAGCUUGACUGUGAAGUUGACGGAGAGUACCAGAAUUUGCAUUCGAGAUGCCCUGUACCGCCUCGCAAAGAACUCAAAACAUGAAGAUACCAACCAUGUUCCGAAUGAAAAUGACACACCAGAAGGGUGUUCACCGACAAUCUAUCGUGAAGCAUCUAGGUUGGGUGAUACUGAAGAAGAAGAGUCAACAAAUGCAAUCGAUAGAACAGUUGCUAAUCUCCUGUUCAACCACAUCAGUUUUUGCAGCCCUGAAGUGGAGUGCAGUUCUUACGAUUACAAUCCAUGUUUCUAUACUUCCUCUAGUGGCGCCGUUCUUGAAGGUGAUGCAGAAGUGCCAACAUUUGGUUUAAUAAACCACCCUCCACCAAUGCCCCGAGACUAGGCUCAUUUCUGCUUACUGCCAUGGAUUUGCUUUCAAGUGAAAGCAAAAUCGGGAAAUGAAAGAAAGAUCAUUGUCCGUCUUGUUUGACAAAAAUGGCUGCUUCAAUUUGAAAUGAUCUGAAUCAAGUACCUCGUUUUGUAUCUUAAGUGUUUUCUCAAGAUUCUGGAUAUUUCUUCAUGCCGAAUUUUGUGCAUAUUAUAUGCUCUACUCACCAUCAUGAAUGGUUACAUUUCCUGUCGUUACUAAUGUAGGGGUGUUUAUUUA